AUGAACUCUCUAAUGAAGUGAGGGCGAUAAAUGGUGCGCGUGGACGUCACGACGUCAGUGUGGCAGGACGUUGGAAAGUUGGCCAGAGUUUGAUCAGAUGUGUUUUGUCACAGAUGCACGUGUUUGUCCUCCGAAAUGCGUCGGAAUACGAAAAUCCUCCUAGUAUUUGUGAUAAUUUGGCUUAUGGUCAUAGUUUACUUUAAAGUGGUAUUCGACAGAGGCGAGGAAGAAAAUAAAGCCUUGAAAUUGAAAGAAGAGGCAAUUGAAGAAAUCAAAAAGACACGGGGGAAGGACCUGACAAAUGAAGACCCUUCUCUUGACACACGGCUAUCGUGGCAAUAUUUUGAUGAAAAAAAUUAUGUAGAUAAGAAAAAGGUCCAACCUGGACAGGAUGCUUAUGCCAAAAAUAAAUUCAACCAAGUUGCUAGUGAUAAUAUCAAAAGCAAUAGAGAUGUUCCUGACACAAGAAAUUGGCGGUAGGUACAGGUUCAAGGUG